AUGGUUGCCCCUGUGCGAGAGACUGCGGCUCAGCUACUCGCGGUGGCGGCUCUCCAGCUGGAGGCCGACAAGCUGAGGCAGGCGGCCAGACUCCUCUUUGAGCUCACGGCCUCGGGGGAGUGGCAGGCAAGGCACGGCGGGUUCUGCAGCCUGGAGUCUCUCUGCGCUGUGGCCAUCACUGGAGAUGGCGCCGACGGCAGAGGCGCUCCGCCGGAGGUGUCCGCCUUCCUGCACGGCCUCGUGUACCGCGCGGCCCCUCGCGGCCUCUCCGACCCAGCCGAAGACGUCUGCGCCGCCGCCGCUCGGACCGUCCGCCUUGUCAUGCGACGGUUUUUGCCUCCGGUUGAAGCCGGGAGGGACAACAACGGCGGCGAGGCAAGGUUAGCGUUGGCACCCGCAGGCCGGCAACGGCAGGAGCGAGGGCCGACCGGCGACGCGAAGGGAGAGGCGGAGGUGUUGAGGAGCUGCGGUGGAGGCGGAGAGGUUUUUGACCUGGUUUGGAAGGCGUUAGAGGACCUGGAUCAGGACUCAACCUGCGUCGAGGAUCUUGCGGAUCUCCUGGAGACGUGCUGUGAGGACGUGGGCCGGGCUAGCGGAGCCACCGAUCCCUUUCUCUCGUCCGGCGAACGCCGCCUCAACCGCCUCCUCGACCUCUGGGAGGAUGUCCGCGCGGGGGUGCGGGCGUGCGCUGUGCGGUCGUUGCUGGCACUUGCGCAGGGAAUCGUUGGAGCUACUCGGCCAGUGGCGAAAACGCAAAGCGCGGGGGAGUCGGCUGCUGCUACGAGCUGCGAGAGGCUGCUGCUGCGAUGCUUCCAAGCGCUACUCUCCGAGCGGGAUGACGGAGUCCGGGAACAUUCCGCGCGGCUCUGGAGCGAGCUGCUGAAGGGACUUGGGCGCGCCGAUGGCCACCGCGGAGCGGCCCACGCGUCGCUCAUGGCCUCUUGCCUUGGUGUGCUCUUCACACCGCCGGCAACGCGGCCACCGCCUACUACGGCGAUGGAAGACGUCACUACUGCUGCCACUGCGGAUUCGGCCGCCUCGCCAUCAUCAGCUUCUACCAGACCCGCACGCCGGCCGUCGAAGCGCGCUCGCGGCGAAACUUCCGGCAGACCCGAAGACGCCUCCGCCGCACGUCCCCCUUCGAAGCACCAGCAACGAGCUGUUCAGACAGAUACGACUGUAGAAGGACCGGUGGGGGCAGGGGCGUCGGCGACGUUUUUGGGGCGGUUAGCAUCCGCCGGGGCACUGGCGGAGCUCGCCCGAGCUUCUGCUACCGCGGCGGCCGACGGCGAAGAAGCAGCAGCACGCGGCGAUUAUGCUUCGGCCACCGGAAAGACAGGGUCACCAGGGUGUCGCGGAAGCAGCAGCGGCAAGCGUGCGCGGGCUGCGUCGGACGGACACCGUAGCGCGUCCGACGGCGAGACGGAGGGCGUCGUCGCCGCCAAGAAGACGGCGCAGGAGUUGGUCAUGUCCGAGGUGGCGAGAAGAGCGGGGUCGGGGUGGGCGUGGGAGCAAGAGCUGGCCUUCUUUCUGAUGGAGGCAUGCUGUGCCGGUGGUGGGGUGGGUGCCCGGGGUGGAAGCGGCGGCGGAUCGGCGAGCACACGGCAGAACGGCGAAGGAUGGAAUGCGGCGACAAUGACGCCGAAUCGAAGAGAACAAGGCCUGGCGGCGUGAUAUAUACGCGGAAAUCUACUGUUGACACUGCUGUGUGGGGGCAUGGAAGAGAGGCUAAGAUAAUGUCCCUCGCGCGACUUAACCCAUCGCCCACCAAAGCGACGAAAGGGUGCUUCCCCCAGUACCACCACACAAGCCGUUGCAGCCAAAUCUACUCUGUGUUACUGCGCCGGUCCAUGGACACCAGCCCACGCACCGCAGUAGCAUCAUCAGCCAGGCAUCGCCCUGCUCGAGCAAGCCCCAAGAACAUCGACAUGUCAUACUCACACCCGCCCGCCAACUUCACAUGGCCUUUGCCCGUUUGGCCUAUGCCCCCGUGUGCCUCAUGGAUAUCUAUGCGUAUCACUGUGCGCUCACCGCUGCCUGUUAACAGCUAGCGCUCUCUGUUAUGCUGUGGAACCACACGCAACGUCACAUCGCACGUACCAAAGUAGUCGACGCUUCGCCGAGAACGGUGGAUCGACUCCUUCGCCCAGAUUCUUGGUCUUCGCCC